AUGGAAAGUCUCCUUGCGUAUAAUAGCAGUUCGGACGAAGAAAGCGAUAGAAUUACUAAAGAUGAACAAAACCUCAAGAAACGCAAAGUGAAGCUUCCAGGAACAGACCAGGGAAAAGACCAAGAAAUCAAAGAUGUUUGUGCAACAGAAAGCGGCAUACAGACAUAUAAUAAUCAGAUGGGGCCGUUUCUUGAACCAAAAAAUGCUUUUGGGCUCAAUGAGUAUAGUUAUUCUAAAUCAAAACAAACUUCCUUGAGAAAUGAUCAUGGUUCCAUUGUUUUACAAAGAACUUUUAGUGAGCCACAGUUUCCAGUGAGUAAUUCUAACCAAGAAAAGAAAAGCCCAGCUUUCAACAGUUCAUUGACUCAAUAUAAGCAUUCAAAUUCGAGUAGCAUAUCAGGCAGAAGAGUAAAACCUUACAUCUCAAAGAGGGAAAGAGAAAAAUUGGCACAAACAGCUUUACCUGGUAGUUCCUCUUCUCCACUUAAAUGUCAGUUAGCUGCGGAGAAGUCUAAUUUUGAUCAUUCUAUAAAGGAAGUCGAUUUGCAACCUAACAGACCUUGUGAAAUAUCAGAUGGAAAACAUUUAGCUCGCGCAUGCCGGCCGCCUAAACAGUUGCAUUUAAAUUUUGAAGGUCAUUCGCAAGGAGUGAACUGUGUGUAUUGGAACCCAACUAAAGGUAACCUGUUAUUAUCUGCAGCAAUGGAUCACUUGGUCUGUGUAUGGGACACUUCGUGUGGGAGUACAUGCCGCAGGAGACUUACACAUCAUACAGCAGCAGUGAAAGACUCCAAGUGGAGUUUAUGUGGAGAGAAAAUCUUGAGUUGUGGUUAUGACAAAACUGCUAGACUUUCUAAUUUGGAAACAGGUAAUGUGAAUCAUGUCUGUAGUUUGAAGAUCAUGCACAUGUCAUUGGCUUGUCCCAGGGGUAGGAACUGGAGCUAACCAGGGCGAUGAAUGUCGGGGAAUAGUUCUCUACAACUGGCGGAGGGGGAGUUUCACAAAUAAUUUUAAUUUGAACAAAAGGGAUCGGGGAAUUCAAAAUUUUGUAAAAAUAGUAGACAGCAACCACUGUGAAGUCAUCGGGAUUUACUGCUUUCCCACACCCUUAGAUAUCUGACAUAUAACAUUAAUUUUAAUGGCCCAACAUCAUGUGUACUCGCCACGGAUUACCAGGCCACCGAAGAUGGUGAACCCUGCUAUGACAUGUGCAUAAAACACAAUUAAAUAAUUACAUUACUAACCUAAUGUGCACUUUGAUGGGAUAGCUCAGGAGUGAAUCAGGGUAAAGAAAAAAGGUAAAGAGUCUUUAUUUUAUGUCAGUAGCUCGAAAUAGCCAUAUGAUUAACCAACCUGAGGCCAAUGGUGCACUCGCUUUACCCCCCCCCUCCAUUACUGCUUCAUUUUACGGGUAUUUAAAGCUACGGAAAGCUACACGGAAAGGAAAGAAGGUGAAAGAAGGAUCUGAGGUCACACCUGGGAAUCAAACUAGGGAAUUCCCACACAGAAGGCUGUGCACUAACUAGCCAACUGUGCUAACCCUUCCUCCCCCAGUCACUUUCCCCUCUUCUCACCCCACAUUCUCCUUCUACCCUAAAAACUUGAAAUCUGAAGGUGAAAAUCCUAAUUAAAAAAAACAUUGUGGAUCUCUCAAAACAGCAAGAUAGUAUCGACAAAUAGACAAUGUUUUCAUUUGUAGAAGGUGUAGUUUAAUCUGCUCUACCUUUAUUAUUUUUUUUUCAGGUCAAGAAAUCAUUAAAUUUCCUCACAAAAACUUUGCUACCUGUGUCCAGUUUCACCCAACAGAUCCAGCGUUAUUUUUGUCUGGGACUUUCAAAUCUGCCAUCCUAUGUUGGGAUACAAGAACUGGAAAUGUAAGUCUACAGAAUGCAUAUUUUUUAACAAACUGUUCUCAGAGUGCCACUUAACUCAUGAAAUAGAAUCUAAGGGCUCAAAAUAAGAUUGCUGGGGACUUCUGGCGGUCAUGCUGACCCACCAGAGAAAUGUUAUCUCAGUCACGUCUCUCUUCUGGCCAGUUAUAAUGUUAAAAAAAUACGAUAAUAACAAGAAUAUCCUACCCCAACAAGCUAAAACAUAGAGUAAAAGGAUGUUUGUCCCCUUGAAACGUAAUGCUGUGUAAAUAUAUUUUUUUUCUGGUCCCUUGUUUAUGUGUCCAGUCAAAAUGACCAGUAAACCAAAUGUUUGUUCAGACAAAUGGCCAUCUUGGCUGGACAUCGUCUGUUGAAUGGCCAUUAUUUUGAGGCCUGGAAUCUGCUGUUGUACAUAAUCUAUGUUUUUACAUCACUUGCAAAAGAAAACUGUUUUCCAUUGAACUGUUUGAACAAAUUAAUUAUUUUUACAUUGUACGCCAAAUACUGUUCAAUAGGAAAAAAAUAGUCAUAACUGGUGAAAUAAAAAUGCCAAGUAAGAACAGUUUUUUUGUAAGAAGGUUGCAGACUGGGACACAAACUUAUAAGAUUUUAAAACAAAAAGACAACAUUUUCUUAUAAAUUUCCCUCACAGAUCACAUCAACAUACUCUGCUCUUUUUGGCCAAGUACAAGACAUAGCAUUUCUUUCUGGAGGAGAUGAGUUUGUUUCUGCUGCUGAAGUGGUCAAGAGAAAUUCUACGGACAAAGGAAUCAUGGUCUGGGAUUUCAGAUCAACUGUAGUAUUAUCCAAUCAAAUCUAUCAGGUCUGUCUUCAGCAUUAAUCCCUCCUAUUUGAAAUGCAAAUAUGCAUUAUUUAUAUCAUUUUGGGAACAGGGUUUUCCUAUUUAAUCAGUAUGAUUGUUCUGUUCAUAAGUUCUGAAGAAAACACAAAGUCACCAUUGUCUUCCUGAAAAUGGGACCAAAGUGCUCAUUAGCCUCUCCAGGGGGUACUCCCUGUAAUGGCCUAUACCAGAGCUCUGCUCAAACGUGUACCUUUUUCAGGCUUCAGAUAUACGAGAAGGUAGGGAUUUCAUUGGUUGAUGUAAGCAGGGUUUGCAAAUUUUAUUGAUGAGUGGAGUCACUGUGACUUCUGCUUCGCAAAUUUUGGAGUCAUUUUGGAAUAUUUAGAGUCAAGUAUCACAACAAAAGAAGCCAUUUUCCGACUUUCCAGCACGUGGUCCUGGCAUGUAUACACUAUCGUGAGGAAUACGCGAAGCAGCUGUGGCGGUCCGCUGACCUGGAAAGCUCAAAUCCAUGAUGGCGGUCAUCGACUAACCUUUGAUCGUAUUAAAAUUUACCCUCUUCCUGUUUUGUCGUGCAGUAUAAUUCUUUAAUUCUGAUGAUUUAAUUAAGGUUUACAAGGUUUACAAUCAACAUAAAUUGUAUUUGUUGCGUAAAAGGUAAGGACAAAAGUGUGUUUGUUACCGAAAAUUUCUGGAGUCAAAGUGGCUCCCUGUUUGUUACCUAAUAUUUCUGGAGUCGAGGUAACUCCCUCCGUAACCUUUGUGGAGUCAUCUGAACAAGUUUGCUGUAAAAUACACCAAAUUUGGCGUAUUUGCGAACCCUGUGUAAGAAAACUUGUCAUUUUGCCCUGUGAAAAGACAAAAAGGGCCAACAGAUGUAUACUUUAUGGCUGUGAAGAGAUAAGACAACUUCCUGGUUUUGUUGUUUACACAUAUUAGAAGGAUGGUGCAUUUACAACAGUUGAAGUGUUCUAAACUGGGUAUGUGAAAGGGGUAACAUUUGUCAAUAGAAGGUAUAUGAAAGAGGUACCAUUUCUGUCAAAAAUGGUGUAUAAAAGGGUAGAGGGUUGAAGCCCAUGGUGGAGUGUCCUCUCCCAGGACAUAAGCAGGACAUUGUCUGCUUCAAAACAUGUUUUUUGUUACUGCAUAUGAGAAAACUGUUGUCUAAUGGCAGUUCUCUAGAGGUGACAUAAAGAUCUCUUGAACAAUCAAACAUAAUUUGACUGAUAAAGACAGUUAUUAUGAAUCAUAGCAUUGCGCAUAUAAACCUACUAUUAGAGUUGGAAUCUCACACUUGAGAGAAAUAAAAUAAUUAUCUUCAAUUUUUUUGUUGUCGUCCAGGAAGCCUUCACUUGUACUUGCUUAAAAGUCCAUCCUCAUGAAGCUCAUUUUGUGGCCCAGUCCAAUGGAGAUUACAUUGCUUUGUUCUCAACAAGGAAGCCAUACAAGCUAAACAAGUUCAAAAGAUAUGAGGGCCACAAGGUAUUAUAUUCAAUUUCUGUUAUUUAUAAAUAAUGAAUCCCAUAGAAAAUGGGUUACACUUUAUACUAUACAGUCAUUUCCAUUGGCACCCAUACCCCUCCCCCUAUUGUGGACGGCAAACUGGGCAGGGACACUAAAGGAGCUAAAUGCCCUACAGUGGGGACAAAUAAAGAGGGCAAAUCCCCUACCUCCAGGAUUGCCCCAAAUCAACACUACAGCAGUGUUCAUUCAUGGCACAAUAGAGUAGUUGCACUUUCAGCAUUUUAAUGUGCAAUUUUUUCUUGUUUCUGCUCAUCUGCCUCUUCAUCAUUUCUUCAUAAUAACUUAGUAUCUGAUGUGUCUUUCUCCUUUAAAAGAGCACGUAAGGCAUUUAUUUGUAAUAAUUAUUAGUAUACUUCAACAAAAAUCUUGGGAAAAAGCCUUUUAAUAUUCAACAUUUGUAAACUUCCGUAAUAUUGAUUAGUUUAAUUUUUCACCUGAUAUUAUAUUGUACCCGUCGCCGUAAUUUUUAUGCCAUCUUCGAAAAAUUGUAAUUGAGGAGGCCUAAUUAACAUAAGCUCCAUAGUUUCUUUUAGGCCUCCUCGCCAUCUCUUCCUACAUUUUUUUUUCUUUUGGCAUCUUUAAGUAAUUAUUGUAAUUGUGUGGCAAAUAAAUAAAAUACGUAAAUACGUAUCUAAAUAAAGACUUCAAAGACAACACAACUACGUGAUUUUCAUUUUAUUAUUAUUUAUACUGUAUUGUAAACAACUUCAUUAAUUUUGUAAAAAUAGAUUGAGAUUACAUUGUAAAAGAAUAGUCUACUAUAAAGUCAUCUUUUUCUUAAUAUAAAUGAUGACAGACUUAAAACUUAACCUAAAGCACCCUUAAGCCUAAAACAGCAGCACUAUACACUUAAACAAUAAAGAGAGUGCCAAGCAACUUUUUUCUAUGUGUAUGAUUAGAAUUUCAAAACACUUGUGUGUAGACUCUAACUAGUUAGUGAGCCAGAUGACAUGGGCUCCAUAUUCUCUUCCACAGUUUUUUUCAACUUUUGACAUGGACAAGUUAGGGAAAAUCCAUCCAUUCUGCUGGAAAUUAAGAGGACUUUUUAAUUUGUAAAAUCGCCAAGUUUGCAAAUGAUUUGUUGAAAACUAAUGAAGAUAUAGGUCCUCAAAGUCCUAAAAUUUUACAGACAUUUGUAUUGUUGGGGGUGGGGGGGGGCACAAACUUGCCACCAGCUAUACAAAUGUCUGUAAAUUUUGGCAACUUUGUGGAGGUAUAUCCUUGCUCACUUAAUAUGUACCACUUUAAAACUUGGGAAUAUUACCAAUUUUAAGGCGCUCUUUCCAAUGGUGUCAACGGAUUUUUCCUGACUGGUCCAUGUUUAAAGUUGAAAAUACCUUGAAGGGGUCUAUUCUAAUCAUGUCUUUCUUGUUAUGAGAUAAUCAUAGCAAUAAUCGUGAUCAAUCUCAAUCCUUUCCUCUUUGUUCUAUAAAAGUGUACAACCAGACAGUUAGGAUUAAUGUUUGUGAACCAUGAAGCAGAUGAGAUAUUAUUUUGCGUUACUGACCAGGCAUGAACCUAAGAUGGCCCAUCUUGCCCAUUCGUGAUUUCCCAGUUAGUCCUGCAAGAAAAAGUUCUCCUAAUGGGAACCUUUAUUGACCAAGCUUGUUUGGUCAAGAUGGCUGGAUACUGGCCUCGUUCUCUUUUGUGUUUUUUUUUUUACCUCGACUUCAUCUUGGCCCAUAAAAACACAAGGAAAACUUGGCAAAUAUCCAGAUACAGUGUAUCUUGACUUCACAAGUGGUUAAUAAUGCAUACAUAUUAAAUUCUGGAUUAACAUUUUAUUGUUAGGUGAGUGGAUAUCACAUUGGGUGUGAUUUUAGCCCUGAUGGUUCAAUCAUUGCCUCUGGUUCUGCAGAUGGACAAAUAUAUUUUUAUGAUCACCACACAUCCCACAUGGUGAGAACAUUACAGGCUCACUCUGUGCCAUGUAUGGAUGUUGCUUUCCACCCCACCCUGCCAAACUGUGUUGCUAGUUGUGGGUGGGAAGGACAAGUCAGAGUUUGGAAGUAA